AAUUCGAGAAAGGAAAAUUAAAAAGCCUUCUUCGUUCGUCGGGGUAGCGCCUUGUUCUUCGAUCGAUCGCGCGCUCCAUCCAUGGCGACGACGGGGAUGAAUCACAUGCAGGCCAAGCUUGUGCUGCUAGGGGACAUGGGAGCUGGGAAAUCCAGCCUGGUUCUCAGAUUUGUCAAGGGCCAGUUCUUCGAUUACCAGGAGUCGACGAUUGGAGCGGCAUUCUUGACACAGACGUUGGCCGUGAACGAGACGACUGUCAAGUUUGAGAUUUGGGACACGGCGGGUCAAGAACGCUACCAUAGCUUAGCUCCAAUGUACUACCGCGGUGCUGCCGCGGCCAUUAUUGUUUAUGAUAUCACAAACGCGGAGUCCUUUGCGAGGGCCAAAAAAUGGGUCCAGGAACUUCAGAGGCAAGGAAAUGCCAACCUCGUCAUGGCUCUUGCUGGAAACAAAGCCGAUUUGGCAGCAAAGCGUAAGAUCGAGACGCAGGAGGGACAAUCCUACGCGGAUGAAAACGGGCUCUUCUUCAUGGAAACCUCUGCAAAGACUGCCGAGAACGUCAACGAGCUCUUCUACGAGAUUGCCAGGAAAUUGCCAAAAGCACAGCCGGCUCAACAAAACACUGGAAUGGUUCUCACCGACAGACCGAUAGAGACUAAAAAAUCCGCUUGCUGCAACUAGAAAUCAUCGGAAAUCUUAUAUAUUUGUGUCCAUUUGGUGGACUCCCUGCACUGUAAAUAAAAGGAAGACAGGAGGAAACAAUGGUGAAGUGCUUCAUCCCAGUGAUCCUUCCCUCUGGCCUAUAAAAUGGAAGCGUGCGUACCUUUC